CAGCGCGCCGUGCGGACAUGGCGCGAACACUGCGCCCGCCGACCCGCACGGUGGGGCGGCUUCGUCAGGGGGUCCUCGUGUAGGAUGUCAUUGAAGACGCCGACGCCGGCCGCCGGCGAGCGCGAGACCUGGGGCAAGAAAGUCGACUUCCUGCUCUCCGUCAUCGGCUUCGCCGUCGACUUGGCCAACGUGUGGCGCUUCCCCUACCUCUGCUACAAGAAUGGAGGGGGAGCGUUCCUGGUGCCGUACUGUAUCAUGCUGGUGGUGGGCGGCAUCCCGCUGUUCUACAUGGAACUGGCACUGGGACAGUUCCACCGGAAGGGCGCCAUCACCUGCUGGGGCCGCCUGGUGCCGCUCUUCAAAGGCAUCGGCUACGCGGUGGUGCUGAUCGCGUUUUACGUGGACUUCUACUACAACGUGAUCAUCGCGUGGGCGCUGCGGUUCUUCUUCGCUUCCUUCACCACCAUGCUGCCCUGGACCAACUGCGACAACGAGUGGAACACGCCGGCUUGUAAACCGUUCUCGGCGUUCCACCAUCAGACGAACACUAACCAAUCCCGCACACACAACUCCACAAUGGCGGCUGCGGCGACAACCCCUUUCACUUCUGCCGCUUCCGAAUACUUUAACCGGGCUAUACUGGAGCUCCAAGGCAGCGAAGGCCUGCACGACCUGGGCGCGAUCAAGUGGGACAUGGCUCUGUGCUUGCUGGCGGUUUACAUCAUCUGCUAUUUCUCGCUUUGGAAGGGCAUCAGCACUUCUGGCAAGGUGGUUUGGUUCACGGCUCUCUUUCCAUACGCGGUACUGCUUAUUCUUCUGGUGCGCGGCAUCACUCUUCCCGGCUCGGCGGACGGCAUCCGGUAUUACCUCAGUCCCAACUUCGAGGCUAUCACACAACCUCAGGUAUGGGUAGACGCGGCGACUCAAGUAUUCUUCUCUCUUGGACCUGGUUUCGGUGUGCUCUUGGCGUAUGCUUCAUACAAUAAGUACCAUAACAACGUGUACAAAGACGCCCUCCUAACAAGCGUGAUCAACUCCGCUACCUCGUUCGUUGCUGGCUUCGUCAUCUUCAGCGUUCUCGGCUACAUGGCGAACGUGUCUGGUCGACACAUUGAGGACGUGGCGACAGAGGGCCCGGGGCUUGUGUUCGUGGUGUACCCGGCCGCUAUAGCGACUAUGCCGGGCUCGACGUUCUGGGCGCUGAUAUUCUUUAUGAUGCUACUGACGCUUGGACUGGAUAGCUCUUUCGGCGGUUCCGAGGCCAUAAUAACAGCGCUAAGCGACGAGUUCCCACCGAUCGGGCGGCACCGCGAGAUCUUCGUGGCCUGUCUCUUCACGCUCUACUUCUUCGUGGGCUUGGCUUCCUGCACCAAGGGCGGCUUCUACUUCUUCCAGCUUCUGGACCGGUAUGCGGCUGGCUAUUCGAUUCUGGUGGCUGUGUUCUUUGAGGCGAUUGCCGUUUCUUGGAUUUAUGGCACUGAGCGUUUCUGCGAAGACAUCCGCGAUAUGAUCGGCUUCCGACCGGGCCUGUACUGGCGCGUCUGCUGGCGCUUUGCGGCCCCAGCCUUCCUUCUCUUCAUCACCGUAUACGGGCUUCUGGACUACGAACCGCUGCGAUAUGAGGGCUACGUGUACCCCGGCUGGGCUAAUGCGCUUGGGUGGGCUAUAGCUGGCUCGAGCGUUUUGUGCAUACCGACCGUGGCAAUAUAUAAAAUUCUCACCACUAAGGGCAGCUUUGUGGAGCGCAUACGCAUCCUGACCACGCCCUACGCGGACACCGAAGCGCGUCGCAGCGCUACCAACGGUAUGGUGGUCUCCGAGAGCGGCGGAGUGCGGCUCGCGUCCACUGUACCCUCGCCCAGCACACCUCCAGCCACCACCCCCACAACACCAGGCCUGGCCACAGGCCCCGCGCUCGUCUGAGCGCAGCUCUCCUUCGACGUCUACUAUGUGUAGUCCGCUUAGCCUCUUUUAGCAGUUUAGUUGAUCCGUCUCGUCUCUAGGAAAUCGGGGUUGUGCAAGUUAUUCUGGUUACGGCAUUUGUGUGUUAACCUACGGCAGUUCAUCGGAUAGUUGCUGGAUAAAAAGGCUGUUGAUUUUUAAUAAUUACUUAGGUAUUUUAAAUAUACGAGGCUAAAAUAUUGUUUAACGCUUGCAGAAGUUUGUAGGACUAUCUUGUUUAGGUUUUUGUCGAAUUUAUAGGAGAGCGCAUGUGUUAAGCGUAAUGUUUUUGGAUAAAUACGAGAUUAGUGUUUUCGAUUGGUUUACGCUUUAACUAUAUUUUUUGUACAAAAUACGUUAUGUUAAUCAUAAAGUAAUAUUUAUACAAUAUACUCAAGAAGAAAUAUUGUGCUGUGAUGGAUGAUAUAUUAGAAAAUACUGAGCAUAUUUGGAUGAGUUUUGUAGCUGGUAAGUAAAAUAUUAGACGCUUGCUGCUGUGCUGUAUACUAAACUAAGGGAAAAAGGUAAUUUUACGUUUUAUGAGAGCAAUCAUAAAAGUAUUAAUUUAAAAAAACAUAAUUAUUUCUGUCAUUUUAUUCAUAUUAUAUUUUUACUUACCUAUUUAGCAAGCUUUAUCGAUUAAGACUAAAAUAUAGUAUCCAGUAGAAAAUUAGUCGUAGGUAAACCCAAAAUUAGGUGUAAGUAGUUAGAUUCAAAUAAGAAAAAAUAUAAUUUCUGGAUAAAUGUAAAUAAAACUAUCUUGAAUGAUAGUGUGUGAAAGUUGUAUGAAAUAAUCCUAAUUAUUCAUAUUAUAAAACACUUGUGUAAAUAAGUAGCUAUAUUAUAAAGUCUACUUGCACUAGAAUUGAUUUCGAUACACUAUAGUUCAAAUGGCAUUAUAAUCUAUCUAGAUAUACCUAACCAUAUAAAAUAGCACAAAAUAAAAAAAAAAACAUAACAAAUCCAUAAAAAGUUACAAAUAUUUACUUGUUAGGUUUUAUUUUAGAGCAUGUAUUGUGUGCUGAUCUAUGUUAAACUUAGGUCAUAAAUGAGAAAGGAAUGCACUUGCUUAUCUUUCUUGUAAACUGGACUUAUAGUGUAUAUUUAAAUACCUAGGUGUACAACAGAAUAAUUCAGCAAACCGUCGAUGUGUUAGCAGUAGCUUAUUUUAUAUACAGAUACUUUAUAUUAAUAAAGCAUGAAGGUUGAAGCUGGAACAAUACCGUAUAUUUACAGAAACCCCAUUUUAAUACAUUGUUGUAUGUUUUUCCACACAUUUAUUUUAUUUUUAUUUUUUUGCGGGUUGUAAAUGCUUGUGUUUUAAAUUAUUUCAUCUCAAGAUAUAUAUGUUUAAGGAUUGUACAUUAAAAUGAGAAACGUGUAUUGAUGCAUUAAUAUUUUUUAGAAGUAGAAAAAAUGUAGUUAUUUUGGCGUAAAAAAUACGUACCUACCUUAGACAAAUAUAUACCUACCUAAUACAUAUUUA